AUGUUAUCUGAAAUAGAUAGGAAGGUUUGUUAAAAGCAUAAAUUAGAGAUUUUGACUAUAGAUUUAAAAGAAUCAACAGUUGAUGAAGAUAAAUACCUUUGCAUAAAGUGUUUAAUGGAGAAAAUUGAUAUUUAGAAUAUGGUUUUGGUAGAAGAAACUAAAACAAUGAUCAAAUAAAUGAAAAGUGAGUAAUUGAACAACAAAAUCAAUGAAUAUUAAAGAAGAAUUCAAAACUUUAAAUAAAUUGAAUCAUAAGUUAAAGAAAUGAAAGUGUCUAUUAAUAAUACCAUAGACAAACUAUAAUCUAAUUUAAAUUAGAAAAUAACUCUAAUGGAGAAUGAAUUAGAUGAUUCAUAAUCAAAAACCACAAUUUCUACUUUUGAAGAAGAUGUAAGGAUUUUAUCAAAGAAUUACAAAGGAUCAUUCAAUUUUGAAAUUCCUAAAGAAUUAGAGAAAUCUCUUGAUGAUAAUUCUUAUAUUGAUUCAAUAUUAAAUUAGUUAUAAUCAAUAAUUAAUUGUCCUAAAUUAAUUGAAAUCAAAGAAUGUUUAGAAAAAACAAAAGUAGAAAAUGAGAAUACAGAUAUAAAGUAAUUNCCUUCUUAAAAUUAUUAUCUUGAUUUUAUUAUAUGCUGGCCUAAAUCUGAAUAAUACUCACACAUAAAAGCAAGACCUAUUUGA